CUUUCAUAUAAUAAAACAAAACGAUUCGUAGCGAUCACAUUGAACAAAUAACACACUAAAAUAUCAUUUGUGAUUCGGAAUACCCUUAACAACUAACUUCAACGGUUUGGAGAACGUAUUGCCGUGAUGUCGGAUGACAUACCAGCUAAACGGCAAAAACGACAAGGGGAGCCUUGCCUUGCCGAAGGUUGUAUCGAAACCCAAUACUACUCAGAAGAUCCUGAAAACGAGAUUUCGGUGGACGUUCCAUCUUGUUCUGGACAAAAUACAACAAAAAAUCCAAAGAAAAAAGUUGGUAAGGCGGUGAUUCAAGCUACUUCUGAUUCUUCCAAAGAUGAUCAUUCAUGUGAACUAAAACACAAACACGUUGAUGUCCAUCGUGCGGAUAAUCAGGAGAGCCUUGAAAACACAACCCUUACGUGUUCACGGUAUCUCGAGUCAGAAGGCGAUCGACUGACAGGAACUAUACGUGACGUGGCUGAUGAAGAAAAAAGAUCAAUUAAAGAAUUAUUCAACAUUCAUCAAAGCAGAGAGUUAUUAGACCUUAAAGAGACCCUUGUUCAGUACAACCUGUCUGAAAACUCAACAUUGACUUUGGGGCCAUUCUUUCAAAAAGAAAAUCCAGAUCUUCAUGCAUUUUACAUUCCACCAACACUUUCUAUAGUUUUGCCGAUGAGGUUGGCGAGUGGAAAUUCCAGGUACAGAAAAGAACCAAUAACUAGUCUAGAGCAACUAUUAAAUCCACUUGACAAGCGCAAAAAAAUUACCUGUAUCACAUCAAAUGCUGGAUUGGGCAAGACCUCGUUCUGCAAAUUCCUAGCUCGUUUAUGGUGUGCCGUACAAAGAAAUGACAAUCACUACUUAGAACAAUUCCAAAUGAAAGCAGAUUACUUGAAGGACGUAGACUUCUUAAGAAAGUUCAAUUAUCUCUUUUUUGUAAGUCUGAAAGAUGUCGAAAGCAACAACGUGAAAUUUGAAGACAUUAUAUUUAGCCAUCUGCGAAACAAAAUCGACAAUACAUGGGAAAAUGAAAACAACCGACGGAUUUUACAAAAGGAAUUGAAAGAGAAACAUUGUUUGCUAAUACUGGAUGGAUUAGACGAGUCACAUAUGUCUAAGAUCAUGCAUCCACUUCCAUGUAUGAAAUACUCAAUUAUUUUCACUUCUCGUCCGUGGAAACUUGGCGCAUUGGGUAUGUCUACAGCGACAUACAGGGAGAUCCAGCUUGAAGAAAUGAACAUUGAAAGUGCCAAACAACUUUUAACACAUGCGAAUGUCUGCCUGAAUAGUCAGUCUGAAACCAAGCAGGAAAUUAGUGAGUUUUUCACUGUUCUUAAAGAACAAAACUUGGAGGGUCUUCUGCCAAAUCCACAGAUAGCCUUGCAAUUGCUCUGUCUUAAUCACGACGGAUAUAAAUUGAAAACAACGGGAACAAAACACGUCAUACUAGGAAAGACUCGUACACAUAUAUAUGCCAACGUAGUCGAUAUGAUGUUAAAACUCGCUGUCGAAAGAGAGCCAGAAUGCUUCAAAGCAAUGUGCGACAUUUCCAACGAAUCACAAUUACUUCCAAUGGGAUUUGAUGAAGCUGAAAUAUGUAACAUUAUUCCAUCAUUCGUCUUCAGUCUUGGAAAGUUAGCCUUUCACGACAUGAUGCGACAAUCUGAAACUGAAAUGCCGGAGAGAUUUCUUUGCCAAUAUCUUCCAACUGAAAAAAAAAUUAUUUUGGCAUCUGGUCUCAUAUCAGGAUCAGCCUCUAACCGAUUCAGUGAAAAAUCAAUGGUUUACACUUUUUUGCACAAGACAUAUCAAGAGAUGCUCGCAUGUGUAUACAUUUCCACAAAGCCGUUGAACAGCGCUCACUGGGAUCGUUUCGAAUCAUACUUCAAAGCAAAUUUAUCCCCCGACAUGAUGUCAUUCUUGUGUGUUAUGAAUAAUGAGCAAGGAAUGAAAUGUUUAGAGCUGUACAGUUCAAUUGAAAGAAAUUUCUACAAAGAGGGACUCUAUCACGAGAAUGAAUUGAUCAGUUAUCAGAAUGGUGUGCUUAUGGCUCACCAGGAAUGCAUUAACAGUGGAAUACCAAAACCGGAUAUUGUUUUGAAACACAUUGUUAUAGACCGAAAAAACAACAAGGAACCGCCUAGUUCAUUGGUGACACAAAACAUGCAUAGGAUACAUACACUGCAUUUGAAAUCUUCUGAACAAGAAAACGAUUUAGAUGUGGAAUUUAGAGAGAUUGAGUUGGCAUCAUUACGUACUCUUAUCAUUACUGGUAAUAAUGAGGCAUUAACGCUUGAAACACUCACAAAACCGUCGACCGGGCAUUUACGCUUUCUUUUCAUCAAUAAUGUAGAGUUGAAGCAAAAACAAGUAGACCUAACAGGCUGCAAACAAUUGUCUUUUGUUGAAUUAGAAAACGUUUGCUUUUCUUCUGUUUGCAUUCGAGCGGAAAAUUUGGAAAAGUUAUGGCUGUACUUUAAUAUCGAAUUCCGACAAACAAUGCCCCCAGCCGAGCUGCGACUUCAUGGAAAGUUUUCUGCAACACUGAAAACAAUGAGUGUCAUGCAUGUAAAGUUAAACACUCAUAUCGAUUUGUCUGAUUGUGUAAAUUUACAAAAAUUAAUACUACAACAAGUUAUUUCUAGUCCCGAAAACAAUGCAAAAUGCGUUCAAACCUUUAAUCAUUUAUCACAUUUGAAAUCGCUACGAUUAGAGUCAUUAAAAUAUCCAACCAACGUCACUCUUGAUUUCUCCCGACUCAAUGACCUCGAAACACUUAUGAUAGCAGAUCUAGAGGUGGAAAAAGCUAUCAUUGCGGCUGAGAAACUGGAAGAAUUAUGGGUACGUCAACAAAUUGGAAACACGAUUAUUGUAACCGUUACUGCAUCAUCGAACUUUACAAACAAUCUGGAAAAGCUUAGUCUCUGUCAUGUUAAACUGAAUGGACAUUUUGAUUUGUCACAGUCAAUCAAGUUAAAAGAAAUGGUAGUGUACAAUGUGUCUACAGACCCAAUAAUUUCUGUUUUAGAUGUUUUAGCAAACUGCAAUGAAAUAGAAAAACUACGCAUUGAAGCAUUGAAUUCGUUCGAGAGUAAGGAACUGGACAUGUCACAUAUGACGAAUCUCAAAUGCUUGCAAAUCGAUGUGCAGACCUUAAAUGUACAGAUUGUUAAUAUCCCAAUCGCAAAUUUAGAAAAUAUUUGGACGUAUACCUCCGAACCGAAACAGCAAAUACGUCCGACAAAAGAGCUUCAUCUUCCAGAACACGCUCAAUUCAACAGAAACAUUGGUAAAUUAAGUCUAGUGAAUGUUCAAAUGAACGAGACCGAUUUAUCCAUGUGUGAAAACUUGUCGGUACUUCGUGUUGAUAAAAUGUCACAAUCUGUUUUAGAAACAGUUUGUCCACAUGCAGUAAAACAACUGUAUCUUGUAAACGUAGCCGAUGAUCGUAUGGGAACGGUUUUCAAGGCUAAAGAAUGGAUCAGACUUACCAAAUUAUCGUUUGAGCGAUGUGAACAGCAUGUCAUUUUGUCCAUUUUAAACGAUGCCAGUGCUUUGAAGGAAUUGCAAUUAGUGCGAUUUAAGAACACUCUUGUAGCAAAUACUGUCGACCAAUUCACUAGUGUAGAACACAUUGUCGACCAGUGUACACGGAUGCGGAUUCAUGAGAUUGAAUUUGAGCAAAUGAGUCUACCUGACACAACAUUUAUUGACAUUGCAAACCAACUUUCAAAGUACUCCAAACCAAUGACAUUCAUCCUUAGGGAUAUCAAAAUAUCGAGCACAAACAUUGAAGACGUUUUCGCCAAGUUGAAAAACAUUUGUAAAAAAUUCAAAAUGCCAAGUCCCACCAUUAAAGACGAACGUGUUGAGACAGGCAGCUACCAACUAGAUCACCUUCGAUUUGAGAUGAAGCAUUGAAUGUUUUUGAAAGAAGCCUAAAAUAUCAGAGCUUCUUUUUGUGCCAUACUAACAAACUUGCAAAAUUAACAUAUGCUUUGGAAACCAAAGUGAUCAAUUUACUUACUUCAUGUUUAUGUCACAUAUUUCUUGAAUAAGAUGCACAUUGUCCACAGACUCCGAUCUAGAAAAAAAUCAAACGUUACAUUGUUACACAUGUGAAGGCGAAAUAUAAAAAUAUCUCAAAUAAGUAUAAGUUAAUAUUCGUAAAAUGUGUGAUUUAAAAUGCUUGAUAGCAAAUAUGAAACGAAGUAAAUCCGACAAAUGCCAACACUUAAUUCGUGCGUGCGAGCACGCGCGCGUGUGUGUUUUGCGGAAGUGGAAACUUAUUUAUUUUAUAUAUUUAAGAGCAGUUCUAUGCGUCAUGGCUGUGUUUGGUUAUUUGGUAAUUAUUGAAGCAUACUGUGUUUAUGAUGUACUAUCAUUGUUGUUUCUGUUUGUAAGUGUUCGAUUGCGUACAUUGAUUUAAAAGUAGAAAAUGUUAAGGAAAUAAUGGUGCCUUUUGCAUACGGCUUGUGAACUACAUAUAAAAAGGAAAUCUGAAUGUUCUGCGAACGUUGUCGGAAAUGCUGCGGCAUAUGCUUACAUUCUGUUGAAAUGUGCAUUAAAGACUUGACGAAAAUUCAAAAUAUAUAAUUAAAAAGUAAAUUUGUGAGUUUCUAUCAUUGCAUAAACGUGUGCACAAGUAUUGCUUGUGUAAUACUUGUUUGGUGAUUUUGAACUGCUUCCAGUGCAACUAAACUGCUCGACGAUUGUAUUACAAAACAAACAUGCCGAAGCAGAAUUCAUGCUAUAAUCUAUGCCAUUUUGAAUGCUGUUUAACAUUGUGUGUGUUUUUUAAUAUUUGCUCUUUUUCGUUAUUAGAAGAUGAUGCUUCCAGUGCAAGAUCCGUGUCUUUAAGUUAAAAGGUAACACUCCCAAAAUUGUUGUUGAAAAUUCCAUAUUUUAAGCUUGUCCGGGUUUUUCUUGGCCAUGAAUUGUGCGAUUUUAAAAUGUAUUGAACCAAUGUUCACUAUGCGAAGACGAUGUGUGUCGCGUGUAGUAGACCAAUAAAUGUAGAUCAAAAACCAAGGUUACCCUCGAGGAAUAAACGUCAAAUUAUAUUGUAUUGUA